GUUAAAUUCUUAGUGAAGUUUACCUCAUUUCCAGUGGCGGCUGCUGUUUGAGUUUGGUUUAGAGCAGGGCUGAGGUUAUCCUGACAUUUCUGGGAUCACAUCUAGCAAAAAGGAAGAAGAAAAAGAAAAGAUUGGGAAAAAAAGUGAGGAAAGAAAGAGCAGGCUAAAGGGGGCUUCUUUUCUCAACAUUGCAUUCCUGUGUUUUGCUUCAGCCUGGAAAAUAUAUUAAUCCCAGGGCUUUUCCUCUCUGGAAACAAAGGAGCUAAACUAGAGUGAGGAGGAAAGGAGUGAUUAGAAGGAUCAUGGAACUUUAAAAGAGAGAGAUUCAGAAACAGCUGAGAGUUCACUUUUAUUAGAUGAAAUGUGUGUCUCUGUGUGUGUGACUGAUACAGAAACAAGACAGACCUGCAGGUAAAUGGAGCAGCAAAGAUCACAAAGGAAAUUCCCUUUCGCCUCAUCCCACUUGUCAAGAAAGUGAAGAAAAACAAAAAAGUAAAAGCUCCACAGUGAACCGGACAUUCUCUGGAGUCUGUUUUGUUACAUAAAAACCAGUGAGCUGCAGCAAAACUCCAUGGCAUUGCUCUCCCUCUAAAGAAAGGGCUGGGAUACACGUAUCUUGAACAGAAACUUUCCUGAGAGGUGGAUCGCACAAUGAACUGGACACUCAUUCUGAGUUUAGCCAUGCUGUGGGCAACACGGCUAGAGUGUGACUCUGAGAAGACUGUGAGGCUAGCAAACAGAGGGAGCCAUGGAAUUACUUACUUGCCUCUCUCUCACAGGGCUAGCAAUGGAUCGAUCUCCUUCCUGAGAAGGUCGGAGGCAUCCCAGAGGAGUUGGACGCCUUCACUAGGGAAUCUCCAACGUCCUGUUGCCAAGAGGGAUACUCCGGCAUCAAAAAAUGUACAACCUGACCUGCUGCGAGAUGAAGUGCCGGCCCAGGCCAGGAGCUUCAGGGCCAGAGUAAGGCAGACACAGAGACACACCACUGCAGCCAAACAUCCCCAGCCUCAGAUGAUCAAGGACGAGGGGAAGUCUGCCGUGUCUCGGUCACGGAUUGUACGUUUCCCUUCAGGGUCCAGUUCUCCCAAUGUCCUGGCCAGCUUUGCCGGCAAGAACAGAGUCUGGGUCAUCUCUGCCCCUCAUGCCUCUGAAGGCUACUACCGGCUCAUGAUGAGCCUGCUUAAGAGUGAUGUCUACUGUGAACUGGCCGAGAGGCACAUCCAGCAGAUUGUGUUGUUCCAUGAGGAAGGGGAGGAAGGAGGGAAAGUCAGGAGGAUAACCAGUGAAGGGAAAAUCCUGGAGCAGCCUCUAGAUCCCAGCCUCAUCCCUAAGCUCAUGAGCUUUCUGAAACUGGAGAAGGGGAAAUUUGGCAUGGUGCUGCUGAAGAAGACCCUACAGGUGGAGGAAAGGUAUCCUUACCCUGUAAGGCUAGAGGCCAUGUACGAAGUCAUCGACCAGAGCCCCAUCAGGAAAAUUGAGAAGAUGAGGCAGAAGGGCUUCAUCCAGAAAUGCAAAGCUGCCGGGGUGGAGGGGCAAGUGGUGGAGGAAAGUAACAAUGGUGGCAGCACCAGACCUACAUCAAGUGGUGGACAAGUCCAGCUGUCGGUAAGGAAGGAGGAGCCCAGGAGAAGCAAUGCUCAGCCAACAAGGAGCAAAACAGUGAGGAAACUAAUCACAACCACCGUGGCUCCUCUUCCCCCUACAACGAGGGCCAUCACCCUCCCUCCCACAACCACCACUACCCAGGCAACCACCCGCACAGUGAUGCUGCCGAGCAGACCUAUCACCACAGUCACACCCCUUCCAACCACUCAGAGAACUUGGACCCCAAAGUCACACACCACUCCCGACUAUGAUAGGCUGCCCACAGCGCCCCAGGCAACUGCCCCGCGGGGAACAGCCACUGAUGAUUUCUACUCCCCUGUGUGGAAUGAGAACCGCAGAGACAGGCAGCAUGGUCACCCGGAGAGACACCCAGUAGCCACCCGGAGACCUGGCAAAGUUGCCAGCUAUGACAGCUACACAGAGGCUCCUCCGGCCGCCUCAGAGCACUACACGAGGGCAAACACAGGUAGAUUUAGAGACAACCGUACAGACCGGAAGGACUAUAUACACCGGGAUCCCAGUGUCACGCCAGGCCAACACAAACCAGCCAAAGCCAAGCCACCUAAAAAGAGAACCCAGGAAAAGAUCCUGAGCAAUGAAUAUGAGGAUAAAUAUGACCCGAGCAGGCCUGCUGUUCCCCACUUGGAGCAAGAGAUCGCAGCAGGGAAUGUCCCACCGAAGAAAGGGAAAGAGACAAAGAAGCACGACCGACCAGACAAGCCUGAGAAGAAGAAGAAGAAGGAGCGACCCGACAAGCUGCAGAAGAGCGAGAAGCAGGCCAAGAAGGACAAAGCUGAGAAGAACAAGCAGGACAAAGACCGCAGCAAGAAGAACAAGAAGGGGAGCAGGACUGAGAACGAGGGCCACCUGAAGCCAAACACAAAGCCUUUUGUUCAGCCCUCCAGGAAAUCGGUGACAAACCUCCUGGAUUUUUUUGAAGGCAAACGGCGACUCAUUCUGAUCACGACCCCCAAGGCCGACAACACCAUGUACGUGCAACAGCGAGACGAAUACCUGGAGAGUUUCUGCAAGAUGGCCACAAGGAAAAUCUCAGUCAUCACAAUUUUCGGCACCAUGAACAACAGCAGCAUGAAGAUUGACCACUUUCAACUAGAUAAUGAGAAGCCCAUGAAGGUGGUAGAAGAUGAUGACCUAGUGGACCAGCACCUCAUCAAUGAGCUGAGGAAAGAAUAUGGGAUGACCUACAAUGACUUCUUCAUGGUGCUGACGGAUACUGACAUGAGGGUCAAGCAAUAUUAUGAAGUGCCCAUUGCAAUGAAGUCGAUAUUUGAUUUCGUUGACACCUUCCAGUCACGAAUCAAAGAUAUGGAAAAGCAGAAGAGGGAAGGUAUUGUCUGCAAAGAUGACAAGAAACAGUCCCUGGAAAAUUUCUUAUCCAGGUUUCGAUGGAGGAGGAGGCUGCUGGUGAUCUCUGCUCCCAACGACGAGGACUGGGCCUAUUCCCAGCAGCUUUCUGCCCUCAGUGGACAGGCCUGUAAUUUUGGUCUGCGCCACAUAACUAUCCUCAAGCUGCUAGGACUCGGGGAAGAGAUCGGUGGUGUCUUAGAACUGUAUCCCAUCAAUGGAAGCUCCAAUGUGGAGCGAGAAGAUGUCCCUGCUAACCUGGUGAAAGACAUCCGCAAUUAUUUCCAAAUCAGCCCUGAAUAUUUCUCCAUGCUUCUGGUUGGGAAAGAUGGAAACGUCAAAUCCUGGUACCCUUCCCCAAUGUGGUCCAUGGUGAUCGUGUAUGACUUGAUCGAUUCCAUGCAGCUCCGGCGACAGGAAAUGGCAAUUCAGCAAUCACUUGGCAUGCGAUGCCCGGAAGAUGAGUAUGGUGGGUAUGGUUACCAUAGCUAUCACCAGGGAUACCAGGAAGGUUACCAAGAUGACUACCGUCACCAUGAAAGUUACCACCAUGGAUACCCAUACUAAAAAGAGCAACUUAACCUUUGACUGCUGUCUCUUGCCUGCAUCCUAAUAGCUGUUCAAGCCGCAAGUGGCCAGACAUGGAAAUUCUUCUCAAGCCACCUAAAUGCCCAUGCCUCUUUCUUUCAGUAUUCAGUCAAGGGCCUAAAUAAACAUUGUAUUUGUCGUUUUGAAAAUCCACAAGCCUUUACAGUGAAAUAUUUCAAACCAGUAGCACUGAUGCUUUUAAGCAGUAAAGACUCCUUUAUAUUUUUUAACCCCUGUAACCAGAGGGCAUCACCAGUUGCAGUUUGUUUGCAUUAAACAAAAAACAAAAACAAAAAAUUUCCCCCACCCUUUCAGCCACAGACCUCAUACUGUAGCCAGGACAUAAACUGUACAAUAGACAUUGUAACACUUUAUAUAUAUUUUUUCCAAGGAGAAAAACAAAGCAUAUUUAUUGGAAAGUGAGAAUUUUGUGUCAUGCUGAUGAACAGACACAGAUGAUCACACCACAGGACUUUGCCGAGAAAGGAGAUUUUAGGAAAGAAGUGUGGGGCAGGUUCUCUUUUAUAAUAUUUUUUUAAAAACCCUUUCAAAAUGCCUUGUCUAAAAAGACUGCAUCUCUUUUAUAACAGAUCAGCUUUGUACUUAGCUGAGUUUCAUCCAUAACCUAUCAAAAUGCAACCUUAAGAGUUGCUAAAGGAUUUGAUACAAUACAGCAGAAAAAGCUCUGAACGACAAAUCUUGCUGCAUGUCACUAUUUCUUUAGCUGGGGUUCUUGCUCUAUGAGACAAUUAAAUCUAUCCUAGCUACAGCUCUGCUUAAGCCAGAGCUGUAAGCUAGUAGGGUUUGAAUUCUAGGUGGUUGAAAAAAAUUGAAUUUUGGCAGAAAAGGAAGAAAUUUCUCAAAAAUAUUUGUGAACAUUUUUACUUGCUUUUCAACCAGCAAUUUCUAAUAACAUUUUGGUGAAAAUUCCAUCUCCGGAGCCAGAUAGAUGAACAUUUUUGUAAAAAUAUCUAACUUUCAAAUUCCUUCUCCGCCCUCCCACGACCCCCCAAAAAAGGACAAUUAUUUUUUACAAAAAUGCUUAUGAAAAUUUGGACCUGCUUAUUCAGCUAGCUCUGCUUCUGCUAUGGUUUCUGUAACUAGCAUGCUCACUGGCAUUUUUUUUUUUUGUUGAGAAGUGUACUAGUCACACCAUGCCAUAGGCAAUAACUCCUGAGUACCAAUCUUCUAUCCUAAUGUUUUGUAACAUACAGUUUAAAAAUAUGAACUCCACCUAGGGUGACCAGAUGUCCUGAUUUUAUAGGGACAGUGCUGAUUUUGGGGGCUUUUUCUUAUAUAGGCACCUAUUACCUCCCACUCCCGUCCCUAUUUUUUACACUUGCUAUCUGGUCACCCUAACUCCACCCUAGUCAAGGAAACUGUAUUAGUAUAUAGGGGCUUGGAAAAAUUAAUUCAUAGAGAGCUCAAACCAACUCCCAUUCAAAUCAAUGGGAAGGAGUCUAUCUACUCAUUUUAUUGAGCUGAAUCAGGCUUUUAACCCUUAAGGGCCCUACAGCAAAAUUCAGGAACAUCCCAAUGAGAAGGCCUCAUGCAAGAUGUAUCUGAUUUAGUGGCUGCAUAGCAGUCACUGCCAUGAUGGAAGGCACAUCUAGGUGACCUUUAACCUCACUGAUUAUACAGAAACUUGAUAUCGUCAUACACAUCCCACCCAUCACCCUUAGGGACACAUCUGGAAAAGGAUUCUUAUCAGUGGUCAGAGCCACAAGGUAGAAACAAGUGGGAGCCAAAGUACAACCCACAGUGUGACAUUAAGCAAAUAGUUGGAAAUCUUUGUCUCCCCAGAUGAGAACAAAAUUUAGUAAAACAAGGGCUUCACUGAAAACCAGGUGUUUUCCUUAGAAACCAUCUCAAAAAGUCCAGCCUUGUAUGCUAGUUCUGGGUAGGGUGACCAGAUCCCAAUUUUAUAGGGACAGUCCUGAUAUUUGGGGCUUUUUCUUAUAAAAAGGACCUAUUACCUCCCAGCCCCGUACCAAUUUUUCACACUUGCUAUCUGGUCACCCUAGUUCUGGGUCAUCCUGAUAAGCACAGGAAGAGUGAAACACUGGCUUCUGAAGCAGUCUUCCCUCAGCACCAGGAUUCCCAGCCACCUUCUGGAGCAGGCUUUCCUCAGUGCCAUGAGGCCUAGUCAUCAUGGGACUAGUUUGACACUCACACCCAGAUCCUCAAACGUCUGUAGGUGCUUAAUCCUGUUCAAAUCAAUGGGAGUUAGGUGCCUAAAUAUCUUUGAGGAUCUGGGCCUCACUCCCUAGGUAGAGAAUGGUAAUUGGGGCUUGCUGGUGAAGGGUGGCCCUGGAAGGAGCCAUCUUAAAAAGACUGUUUACUUUGUAACUUCUAUCUUUCAAGUUUGCUGCUGCCUGCAGCAAUUCAGCAGCUGAAGUGGAGGGGGAAGGAAUUUUUUUUUUUUUAAAGGCAAGAAGGAAUGAUAAAAAAUAAUGAGCCAAACUGAAGCAUGUCUUAGAGGAAAGCAUGACUCAGCUUAAGAAAAUAAGUACUGAUUGCCUUAGUGCAAAACGGUCAGCUGCUUAAUCGUCUUGGCCUAAGGCAGACGCAGGAUAAGAUACACCAGAUGUUUCUCUAACACUUACGUCCUUUAGAUGAAAGAUGCCAUUUUAAGGAGAUUUCUCAGUCAUUUAAAACAUUUCCAUGUCUUUGUAUUUUUGCAAUGACUCUAAAUGAAUGCACAGUAAAUCACACCGUAAAUCAUGAGUUAACAGAAAGGCCCAGCUUUGGGGUGGGGGAGAAGGUACUUAACAUGCCAAAACAAAUAGAAAAGUUCAACCAAAUAGGCAAGAGCCUGAAAAUUUAAAAUUAUGUAUGCACCAGAUGCUGAUCCUGUCACUCUGUGGGUUUAGCACUGAAGUCGAGAUAGGUAUGUGGCUGUCAAUGUAUAGAGAUUGGUCCAAACAAAGUCUGCAUCUGAAUACCUGCAAGAUUUAGGAUUUUUCUUAACAUGGAUCUAAAUUUUGGUGCUGACCCCUAUUUCUAAUAGACCAAACCUAAAUCCCCUUUCUGAACAACUUGAAAUGUUGAGGGAUGGGGUUUGAUAUCCAGAACAGGUCUGAAUUUUGCAGCCCCUCUCACCUUAUCAAGUCCCCUGGGCAGAAAAUUUGGUUAACCUGGAGCUAAGGUUGAAAUAAUCUAUCCCAUAGUUAGCCAAAAAAACCUUAAGAGAACAUUGUACCUUUCUCAAAACCCAACAAACAUUAGAAAGCUGGAAACUUCCAAAUUAAGGUUCCACUUUACCAAAAACAAAAAUAGCCCCAAACAUUUGAAAGUAUGUUGUUAGUCUCACAAACAACCUUAAUGCUGCCAUUCUGUAGCGGCACUCUGAGAACAAGCAGAAACUGAGACAUGCUUAGCUAUCCAUCAUGCAGGUAUAUUAAGUUCAUAUUUCUAUGCCUGUUAAUGAAGCAAUCCUUCAUGGUAGAUCGAGAACGAUGUUUUGGAGUUUCUGAAUGUUUGCAGGAUUCCUAGGAUUUUGGGUCAUUUUUCCUAUGGCUCUCUCCUAUCACCAAUGCUGUUGUGUUUGGAUUCACAAUACUGAUGAAAUUUACCAAAGGAAACACUAUUUUCAAAAAAAAAAUUGUUUAAAGAAAAAGAAACAAAAACCUCUCAACUUCAAAGCACUGCCUAUGCAGCUAUUUUUAGAGCACUAGCACAAGUCCGAGGCUGUCGACCAGGGCUGGGAUGCUCACUGCCACGGACCAUGUAGAUGUACCUCAUAUAACCCAGCUUGGAAUGGUCUUCGGACAUAAUGCUCUCUGCCCAAUUUAUUUGUUAGAGGCCAUGUGGCAGAAGCCAAUGUUCUACUCAGCCAUUGCUCUCCUAAAGCACUCUGUUGUCAUUUAUGAGAGAAAUAUUGUAGAGGAUGGUAUUCACACCAUCCUCGACAAUGCUGCACGUUUACUCCCUGCAGUGUAAAUGAAAAUGUAUGCCCAUUUCUGGGUGGGAGUCAAUAUUCCUAUUGCUGCAUAGACGAGGUAUGUCUCCCUCCCCAUUAGUAAGUUAUCUAUUUCUCUCUCCAAUUCAAUAGAACCUCACUAAGGGCCCCAUCCAGCUCUUUUGAAAAGAACGGAAAGA